AUGGUGGACUCACUGCUUGCAGUUAUAUUGGGUGAAAAAGGCUUCAGAAGAGUAUUUACUUUAGAAGGAAGUAAUCUUUUUUUUGCGAGAAGAAUUUUUGCGAAUCCUGAGUUUACCAAUUUUUCCUGGGAAUUAAUUUUUGAAAUUCCAUUACACCUUGUUUCGACUGGAAGAAUUUAUGUUGAGCCAGUCUCAUCACUUGUUAUGGAUUCUGUAAUUAUCAAAGGUGAUGGAUUUAAGAAAUUCUCACCAGUUACCAUUCAAGCAUCAAUAAAGAACGAAACAGAAAAUAUAGCAUUUGAUUCAUGUGGACAUUUUAUUACAAAUGAUUCUGGUGCCUUCAACUUAAAAGAAGCAGAGUCUCUUGGUGGCACAUAUACUGGUGUGUCUAAAAUGGUUUUUGAUGGUCAUUUAAAUGAAACUACCACAGCUGAGCCUUUUUGUACUGCAGUAGUUAAGAGAUAUUUUACUUCAAAAGACAUUGAAAGAUACCCAAUUAGAGCAGGCAAUAUCAGAGUUAUGUUAUUUUCUCCUCCUGGUGAUGGUCCAUUUCCUGCUAUUGUGACAUUGAAUGGUGGCAUCAAACAAAAAAGUGUUGUCGAGGAUUCAGCUGCAAUAUUAGCAAAUUAUGGUUUUGUGACAUUAGCACUUGCUUAUUUUGGUGUUGAUGAUUUACCAAGAAGUUAUCAAACUGUCAGAAUUGAAUAUUUUGAAGAAGCUGUUAAUUAUUUAGAAGGUAGAGCAGAUGUGAUACCUAGUGCAAUUGGUGUGUUGGGUUUUUCAAAUGGUGGUUCUAUUGGCCUUGGUAUGAUGUCUUUAUUUGGAUAA